AUUUUUCACCGUUUUCAUUUUCGCAAGUCUACCGAUUAGUCAUCAGUGGUGAAGCGUUGGGAUAAUAAAGAGAACCGAUACAGAGCCCCCCCCUCCCCGUCACAUGUGUGAACAUAUCGUGAAAUAGGGCAGGAACAGCGACACACAAGCAAAACGCACCCAAAACCGUGAACCUUAAAAUCUUAUCGAUUUUUUUUUCUCCAAUUCGUUUGACUUGCUUCACCCGCUUCCACACUUCAUCACCCUUACCAUCUCAUACCACAUCCACACAGUGCAUACGUCGGACGAUAACCAUUAGUGUGUACUGCUGGGCAGCGGUGGCAACGACGGGAGUGCGCGCCUCGAGAUCCCUUCAUCGCAUCAUGCACUGUUCAUUAUUUCAUAACAUUGGCCACGAUAACAAUUACUCAUCGCUGCUGCAUUGUUGUGCGGAGGAGAAGGAGGUGCAGCUGAUUCAAUGUGUGGCCGAGCUCGUCAGCAGCGUGAACAGUUCGGUGGAGCUUGUUGCGAACCGUGUCGAAAUCGACGACGCUAACCACUGUCUUAUAAAAGGGAAGCGUUCCUGAUCACGGCCACCCAAUAUAGAAACACUGGGGUGUUCCGGUUGCCAGCUCUAAUAAUAAGCGAGAUCGCGCGCACACGCUUCCUGUGCAAACCCUCCCUCCCUCUCGAAACCAUCUCCAGAUCCUUUCCAUAGCGUCCCCUUACGGGAGUUGGCGAGUGUUAGUUUCCGAAUUGCUGAAACGAAGUGUGCGCUUGUGUGUGAUUAUUUGUAAUUAAUUCGCGUAAAAGGCUAAAACUCUGCCCAAGUCCAUAUCAGGGGAGAAAAAUAAAAACGCUUUCCUCCGUAUAGAGUGAUAUCAGUGAAUUUGUGAAUUUGUGUGUGUGUGUGUGUGUCUGUUGUUUCCGGGAAAGCCUUUUUGUAGGAAAGCGAAUAGGGAGUGAUUUUCAUCUUUCAAACUUAGACAGGAAGAAAAUUCUCCAUCUCAAGCUCUCGUCAAUCAGCCACGAGUCGAGGAAUUAAAAUCACACCAGUACACGACAGACGUACGCAAUCAACCAUGCCACGAAAUAAGAAAAAACACGCAGCCGAGCAGAGCAAUGAUCUGUCCGACGACGAAACGUCGAACGAUAAUGCGAGUACGUACUCGUGCCAUUCGGAGACGCAGCUAGGCGACGGUGGCGGUCCGAACGGUAGCGUCGAGUCUAGCGAACCGGGCGAAUCGGCCGGUGUGGAGAAGUACGAGGAGAAGCUGCUGCAGGCGAUCGAGAACGCGUCCGACAAGGCGCAGCAGACGCGCAUCAAUGCGUUCCAGACGAUCAACGAGGUACUGGUGCACCACUACAUCCCGGACUUUCUGGAGGACCGGAAGGUGACGGUGAUGGACGCGGUGGAGAAGUCGCUCCGGCGCGGCAAGGGUGUGGAGCAGUCCUGGGCCGCCCGCAUCAUACCGCUGCUGGUGAUCCAGAUCGAGGCGCUCGAGGACAUUGUCGAGCUGGUGACGGUGCUGAAGCCGGUCUUGCUGAGCACGGUCCAGGACGGGUCGGCGGCGUACGAUGCGCGAGCCAAGUGCUGUGCGGCGCUUGGGCUGCUGUGCUUCGUCGGGGUGGACGAUCUGGGUGAGAUACUGCCAUUGAUGAAGGUGCUGCACAGCAUUUUCGCUGGUAGCUUUCUGAAAGGCGACAACAGCCCGAGCGGUGCGAGCAGUGAGGCCGGUGCGCUGCACAGCGCAGCUCUGAGCGCGUGGUCGUUGCUGCUGACGCUGCUGCCGCCGGGCGAGUUUGUAGCACUGCUGGGCGGCUGUGCCGGUGCCGGUGUGGUACCGUCCGUCCGCCAGCUGGUCGGUAUGAUGCAGAGCCCGAUAUUGGAGGUACGCAUGGUGGCCGGUGAAACGCUCGCGCUGAUGUUCGAGCUCGGCCGGCAUCAUGACGACGAGUUCCUGGAGGAGGAGCUGCCCGACCUGAUCGAGGCGACCCAGAAGCUGGCGACCGAUGCCCACAAGUACCGGGCGAAGCGGGACCGCAAGGUGCAGCGGGCCACGUUCCGCGACGUGCUACGGUAUCUGGAGGAGGACAUUUCGCCCGAAAUCAGCAUCAAGUUCGGGCGGCAGCUACUCGUGCUGGACACGUGGGCCAUCCAUCAUCAGUACACUUGCCUGCGGACCGCGCUCGGGUUCGGCAUGAAUGUGCAUCUGGCGGAAAACGCGUUCGUGCGCGAGGUGCUCCAGCUCGGCCCAAAGGUGGACGAACCGAGGCGCCCGUACCGGUCGGAGAAGGCGGAACAGCGGUUUAUCAAUGCGGCGGCGUUCAAGGCGCGCACGAUUUCGCGCGGCAAGAAUCGAGACAAGCGUUCGUUUGCACUUAACUAAAGCGGAUAGCGCUGCGCUUGGACGUUUGCGCUGUUAAGGAUUUUCUGGGAACGAUUGCGCAGGAUGUGCCACUUUAAAGCCGCACCUGUUGCUCUCUCUCUCUCCCUCUCUCCCUGCCUAAUAAUUGUCAUAAUUAACAGGGAUUGGUGUUUGGAGGUAGCACACCGGGGAUGGUCGUCCUCCGAAAUGCCAACUCACCUAGAUAAUUGUUACGAUGCCGUCACUGGACACACAAUCAAGGGGUCGAACAUUUGGCUUAGCUCGAUUGUUUUCUUUUAGUUUUUGCUAUACUGUUGCAGGUAAUAGGUUUAGUGGUUCAUCUCGUCCCUCCUCAUCCCGUCAGAUUUACGAGUACCUUCGAACCCACGCGAAGGUGAAAAAUAGCAAAGCUGUGAGCGGCGAGAUUGUUAAGAAGGUGAAGUUGUGAUUUUUGUUUUGUUAAAGAUGUUUACCGAUAGAAAAAAGGAAAAGCAACAGUGCUCAUCGGUUGCCUACACCUUCGAUGCGAAUUGAAACAUUUGCUCGUGGUCAAGUUGGCGGCUGUAUAUUUGCACUAAAAAAAAGAAAAAAUAACUCCACCCUCCUCGUGGCUCCUUUCUGCAUCACCAAUCUCUUCCUCCACUAAACACUCCCGCACGCGUAUGUGCUUUCCUUUGCCUCUUCACAUAUAUUAGCCCGUUAAAGAAAAUUAGCAAAUUGACUAGAUGCUAACACAGACGACUAGACGAGGAGAUGUAGUUAGCGAGCGAGCGAAAACAAGAAGGUAACUUUUCCCGCAUCCGAAUAAGCGUCCGUUGCAAGUUUUUCGUUAACGUGUGUGUGUGUUAGGAACAAAAUGAUAAAAAUACAAGCAGCGACAGAAAGUGAGAUGAAAUAUGUUCUCUAAAACAUUUGUGUAAAUAAUCGAUUCUAACGGUGGUAAAUAGCAAAAAAAAAAAAAGAAAAAAUAAAGAUUAUCAAUGGCAGAUGCGGGGCACUAGUCCAGGAGCAAAAGAAAUGUGCACGCGCGUUUGUAGGACUCCUUGAUAAUUAAACAAUUGAAUCAAUGCUAAAGCACGAAACGCUACAAUAGGAAGAGAAGAGGGAACGACAUUGCGAACCUACGAUUUGAAUAUGUAUCGGAAAAUGCUCAUUAAAAUUUAUCUUACGGGACGGAUAAAAACCAAAA